AUGCUGGGUGUUGCUGCGGAUGCUGAGCUGGCAGCUGCCAUUAUGUCCAGGACGAUCAUCCAGUCUCUGAUCACCGUGGAAGCCUGGGAGGGCUACACCUUCGCCGAUCAUCAGAUCAGGAUCAAGGAGUCACAUGACCUCUACGGAGCUGUGAUGUGGCCCUCGGCCAUAGUGCUGUGUUACUUCCUGGAUACGCACCGUGACACGUACAACCUGCUGGACAAGAACGUCAUCGAGCUGGGCGCCGGGACCGGUCUGGUCUCCGUAGUUACCAGCCUUUUAGGUGCCAAGGUGACGUCCACGGACCUACCGGAGGUGCUGAGUAACCUGCAGUAUAACGUACUCCGUAACACCAGGGGGCAGUGUAGACACCCUCCUCAGGUCACUGAGCUGUCCUGGGGGAAGGAGCUCGAACAACACUUCCCUCAGGCUACCUGUCACUACGACUACGUGUUCGCCGCUGACGUGGUGUACUGCCACCCUUACCUGGGGGAACUCUUGGACACCUUCGAUCACCUGUGUCAGGACGGGACGGAGAUCCUCUGGGCCAUGAGGUUCCGUCUGGACAGAGAGAACCAGUUCGUAGAACGGUUCCGGUCCAGGUUCCAUCUGGAAGAACUGUAUGAUCUGCCUAGUCUCAGUAUCAAACUGUACCGAGCAUCAAGGAAGGAGAUGGGAAGGAAGACACCGUCUGGAGAGGCUGCAGGGGGAUGGAGAGAUGGAUGGAUGGAUGGAUGGAUGGAUGGAUGGAUGGAUGGAUGGAGAGGCUGCUUAAUACUACCAUGCUCUACGGAAGCAGUCUGAGACACUGCAGGGGGAUGGAUGGAUGGAUGGAUGGAUGGAUGGAUGGAUGGAUGGAUGGAUGGAUGGAUGGAUGGAUGGAUGGAGAGGCUGCUUAAUACUACCAUGCUCUCACGGAAGCAGUCUGAGACACUGCAGGGGGAUGGAGAGAUGGAUGGAUGGAUGGAUGGAUGGAUGGAUGGAUGGAUGGAUGGAUGGAUGGAUGGAUGGAUGGAUGGAUGGAGAGGCUGCUUAAUACUACCAUGCUCUACGGAAGCAGUCUGAGACACUGCAGGGGGAUGGAGAGAUGGAUGGAUGGAUGGAUGGAUGGAUGGAUGGAUGGAUGGAUGGAUGGAUGGAUGGAUGGAUGGAUGGAUGGAUGGAUGGAUGGAGAGGCUGCUUAAUACUACCAUGCUCUACGGAAGCAGUCUGAGACAAUGCAGGGGGAUGGAUGGAUGGAUGGAGAGAUGGAUGGAUGGAGAGAUGGAUGGAUGGAGAGAUGGAUGGAUGGAUGAGAGAUGAUGGAUGGAUGGAUGGAUGGAUGGAGAGAUGAUGGAUGGAUGGAGAGAUGGAUGGAU